UAAUUUCUGAUCCAAUUCCUUCUUGAAAAGAAAUAUAUCUGAGUGUGUGAGUUCAGCGGGAUCUGUUUUUGAAUACUGACAGCUUAAACACUCACAGGAAACACUGGAUUGUGUUGUCUGUGUCAGUUGGUUGCGAGGUUGUUCUGUUGUGUUGUGUUGUCAGAGAAAUCACCCUCAUUCCUUUAGUUUACCAAUUUGAAGGUUUUUAAUGAGUGAGCUGAAACUCCUGUUUGAAAACAUGGAAAUUUAAGAUCAUUGUGGAAGGUUCUGGGUGAUGGCCAGUUCAAAACCUGUAAGUGCUGAGGGAGAGACUAUGGCUGUGGAUGCUGCACCAAGGAGGCCCCGAAUUCUGCUUGCUGCUAGUGGGAGUGUUGCUGCUGUCAAAUUUGCAAAUCUGUGUCAUUGUUUCUUUGAAUGGGCAGAUGUAAGAGCAGUUGCCACAAAUGCAUCUUUGCAUUUCAUUGAUAGAGCUUCAAUACCAAAGGAUGUAACUUUAUACACUGAUGACAAUGAAUGGUCUAGUUGGAUGAAACUUGGUGAUAAUGUGCUUCACAUUGAGCUUCGCAAAUGGGCUGAUAUCAUGGUCAUUGCUCCAUUAUCAGCAAACACCCUUGGCAAGAUUGCUGGAGGGUUGUGUGACAAUCUACUGACAUGCAUUGUGCGAGCCUGGGACUACAGCAAGCCAUUUUUUGUUGCACCAGCCAUGAACACUCUAAUGUGGAACAAUCCUUUCACCGAGCGGCAUCUCAUCGCCAUUGAUGAGCUUGGAAUUUCUCUCAUCCCACCUGUUACAAAGAGGUUAGCUUGUGGAGAUUAUGGCAAUGGUGCCAUGGCUGAACCCUCUACCAUUUACUCAACUGUAAGGCUCUUCUAUGAGUCAAAGGCUCAGCAAGGUUCAGUUUAUAUUUGGCUCUCUUGAUAAUAGAGUGGCAUAGCAGGAACAACGCAGAGGAACCUGAGAAGUUACGGGAUUCAAAUAGUAAAGUGGUUUUUCAAUAGCAAUUAUUGAAAUUUCCUAAAUGGGUAAAAUAUUUAUUCUUGGAACAUCAUUGUUUGAGUUUUUUUUUUGGGUAAAAUAUUAUGCAAAAUGUUAUGUUUGUUUUCAUCUUUAUACUUCUUCACACACAUUAGGUAAAAUAUGAUGAUAUGUCAAGGUGUACUAGUUUAUCAAUUUAAUCAAACACAAUAUGCCACCAAAUCUGGUAGCUAAGCAAAACUAUUG